GACACACACACACACUCCCACACACACACGCGCACACAGCAGUAGCAGUAGAGACAGGGAGCCAGCAGAGUCUGCCGACUAGCAGCCAUGACAGACGUGGACUCUCUAAAUGAGGCGCUGAAGGCCAUCAGUGUGAGCACAGAGCUGAUCGAAGAAGAGCUGAAGCCUCAUCUGGAUACAGUCCUGACUGCUCUGCUGGAGAAGAAGAAGGAUGCGGCUGCUGAGAUAGUGAGAAGUGGGAUUCUUCCCACUCUGGCUCAAGCCUUACGGAGCAGGAGCAGCCUGAGCUGCCAGGUGGCUCUGCUGGUGGCAGAAAUGGCACGAGAAGCUGCUGUGAGAGAGCCGUGCAUCGAGGCGGGCCUGGUGAAGGCUCUGGUUCCUCAUCUGAACAGCAGCGACCAGGAAAUGCUGCUGAACACCGGCAGGGCCAUCGGGCGCAUCUGCUUCGACAACACACAUCAACAGGACCAGUUAGUCCAGAGUGGUGUAAUCCCCAGAUUAGUGUCCAUCAUGAAGAAGUACCCUGAUAAUGACCUGCUGGUCAACGUCUGCCUGCUGGCUCUCUGUAAUCUGGCUGAUUUGGAGUGUGCACGGGAGGCCCUGGUGGAGCAGGAUGUGGCAAACACACUCAUUCUUCAGCUCAAACGAGCUCCUGAUGCUGAGCGGCGCCAUGUCAUCCUGGAAAUACUGGGCUCACUGGGCGAAAGUGAUGCACUGAAGCUGCAGUUUUCAGAAUCAGGAGUACCGGAGGCUUUAUCACUGAUGAUCCGAGAUCUACAAGGACACUCUGAUCCCCAUGACCUCUGCAGCAUCAAGAUCGCUUCCAACUUGAUAGUGUCCCUACUUUUAGGAGAUGAAUCUAUGCAGAAGUGCUUUGGCGAGGGCUCAGGCGUGGUCUACCAGGAUAUUCUGUCGUGGCUGCAGAGCUCCAACACCCAGCUCCAGCUGUCAGGAGCCCUGGCCAUUGCCAACUUUGCCAGAAAUGACAGUAACUGUGUGAAGAUGCUGGAUCUGGGUGUGGUUCCUCACAUCCUGACCUUGAUGGAGCAGCAUGUAGAUGAAGGGGACGUCUCUGUUCAACAUGCUGGACUGAGCGCGCUCAGAAACCUGGCCAUCCCUGCCACCAACAAAGUGAGGAUGCUGGAGGACGGAGUCACUGAGAGGAUCAAGUCUCUGCUGCGCACCGACAUGCCGCCGGUUCAGUUCAAGCUGCUGGGCACACUCCGCAUGAUGGUGGAUGGGCAAGAGGAAGCCGCCUUACAGCUGGGCAGAGAUGCAGUGCUGCUGGCGCGGAUCAUGGAGUGGUGUGAAGCCAAAGACCACGCAGGCGUCCGAGGAGAGGCCAGCCGACUACUGGCAGCCCUGAUCAGACACAGCCGCAGUCCUGAAGUUGUCCAUGCUGUGGCUAGAACAGACGGGGUUCGGCACCUUAUUUCUAUGGCAAGAAGCGAGCAUGUUAUCAUGCAGAAUGAAGCCCUGGUUGCCCUUGCAAUAGCAUCUGCUAUUGACAUUGAGUCGAUGAGGGAUCCAUUUAGCGAGGCAGAGCUGCUACCCAUGCUGAAAAAUAUGUUGGACGAUCCAGUGGGGGCAGUCGAAGUCAAGUUUAGUGCUCUGGGUCUCAUUUGCACCUUGGCUAAUUCCGGUGUGAUGACAGAUGAACUCAACUCUGUGAAUAUUAAGGAGAGUUUGAACAAACUGAUGGACGACAGCAGCAGCAAACUGGCUACGCAGGCUAGCUCCAUACUAACCCUUCUCAGCGACAGCAACUAAACCAGCAGCAACACGGACUUUGAUCUGCUCUAUGAAUGUGUGUAGAUUUGAUAAUAUGUCAUCCAGACAGCACAGAUGCUACUAAAUAUCGAAGUGGACUCUAAAGUGUCUCUUAUUUUGUAAUAAUAUAUUUUAGUGCUAGCAUGAUGUAUGUUGUUACAGUGGGAGACAAGGACCAACUGUUAUGCACAUUUUGCUUCCUGUUUUUCUAGGAAUCUUCUGUGAGGUUCUUGAAAUAUUUUCCUGACACACAUGUUGAGUUUUCUGAUGCGGUGGAGCCGUGUCUGAGACGAGAGGAAGUGAGCUGCUGAAAGGAUGUGCUCAUUUAAAGAACAGAUUAUCAUUUCCGUUCGUCUGUUUAUUAGUAAAAUUCUGAAAUCAUAUGACAUAUGGUAGUGAAAUAUAUGGAAUGCUAUUCCACUAUAUCAAUAUUACAUAAACAUGUAAAUUGUAAAAUAAGUAAAAGAAAUAAAUAUGUGAGUGUGUAAAAAAAAAUUACAAAUGUGUACAUACUACAAGAUGUAGAAAAGAUUUACUUUAAAAGAAAUCAGUUUCAGAAAAAUCAUGUGUGCUAUAGUACAACCUUUGUUGCUCCAAAAAGAUAUAUGGAAAAAUAUCAGCAUAAGAACAAAGAAUAGAGGCAGGUGAAAGCUGAACAAGCAUGCAAAACACAAUGUCCACCCAAGACAGAAGUAGUGAUUACGGAGUCUCCAGCUGAAAUGAGUUCAUAAAGUUAAGAUUAAUAUGAUGAUUAUCCAAGUCAGCAGAUGGCAGUGGCUUGGAGACCUAACAAACUGGCACUCUGUGGAGGGAUUUUAAAGCACUUUAUGGUGAGCUCAUUAUGCCUGUAAUUCACCAAAGAGGCGAAUGGCUGCAUGUGAAAUAAAUUGUAAUUCAACUUUACAAUUCUGACUUAAUUAAUAUUGAUGUUGUAAUCUCUGCUCCCGUUAACAGCGUUAUUACUGACGUGUGUGCAGGAAUGUCACAUGACAUUAGCAAGUGUUGAGGAGGUCAAAUACGAUGUCUACAGUCAGUCACUCGUGAUAGCUUAACUGUACUAAACUAAUGUAGCUGUCGAAAUGUUCAUUUCUGUUCAUAGAGGGUUUUUGUCUUUGUAGUGAAAGUACCACAUAUUUGACAUAUUCUCAUUAGAAAGGUAUUUUAUAGAUCAAGAAAAUAAUUUGUAUAGCCAUAGAGACAGACAGGCUUUAAGGUGCUGCUACAGUCAUGACAUCCUUCAUAAAUGUUGGUAACUUUGUUUUCAAAAGGAAGUAAUCACCCAAUGGCUAUAUUUUUAUCUGAAAAGUUGUUUUAAAGUGACUAAGCCACUUUGAAAACCAUGAUUUAUGUUUUAGAAAUGUUAGGUUUCUUUGUUUUGUCAGAGCGAUGGUGAUAUAUGCACUUUAUAUAGACAAGCCUGAUGUGUUUCAGCUGACCUUGACCUCAUGAGAGCUCAGUUCUGUUUUUAUUUUAAGGGGAAUGGCUUUCUUCUUAUUUGUUAACUAAGCAACAGAUUAUAUUUUGUCGUUUAUUUGUGUUAUGAUACAUUAUAGAAGUGAUUAUUUCACUGAAAUGAAUGUGCAUUUAAGAGCCUUUGUUCGGGAAAAGUUAAAAGCGCAUUCCAAAAAUCAAGAGCACAAACAAGAAUCUGUGAAAUGUUGAUUUGAACUCAGUAGCCAAACAUCUGUUAUGUGACCAACCUGUAACCACUGAACCACUUCAAUAAAACAGUUAGUCCCAUUG